AUGCCAAUUUCACUGGUUGAACACCAGAAAACCCUGAAUUUGAACUUCUUUGUGGAACUCGAAACCGAGGCCCCAAGUCCGAGAAUUUUUAGUCCUAUCGAGACUUUUCAAGAUGCAUAUCCGAUAUUCAAAACCCCCAAUUCGUUUGCUUCUUUGUACUUGGACUAUAAAGGUAUGUACUACUUGGACUACUUCGAGAACAAAUUGUCAGGGGAAUUAGCUAUCUCAUUUGACCAGACCAACUACUUUAAGAAGUUGUUUUCGUUGUUAGCAAACAACGAAGAAACCUUUACAUAUGUGGUGACUGCUUGGGGUGCCUUGUAUUGCAAGAAUAGAUUGUAUGAUGACGAAGUAAGAGAGUACAUGAACAAGGCAUUGAAGAAAUUCAAUCAUAUGUUUGGAAAUAAAAUCAACGGGUUUGAUUAUUACUUUCAAUUGUGCUUUUACCUUAUAAUAUCUGAAAUGCAUAUAUGUAUCGGGGAGCUCAAAGAAUGGCGAGUUUACUUUGAUAAAACAUGCAGAUUGAUCAAUGAGUAUGGGGGAUUGCAGAAGCUUUGUGAAGACUUCAGCUACUCUCAUGAGAUAAGAUUCAUGGUAUCCAAUCUACAGUACAACGAUAUUAUGUCUUCGCGGACGUUGGCUGAAGGGACUUCAUUUCCUGUGGAAGAGUAUGAAAUGGUCUUCAAUCACCCUAAUUUCAAGAAAUUUGAGUUGAGCUACGGAAUUGAUACUUUACAAGGUUGCCAUCAGCUGGUGCUUUUAUUAUUAGGUGACAUCAUGAACCACAAGGUGAUCCUUACGCGUGAAUUGAUUCUUGUAGAAUCAAUAGAUAAAUCCCUGGAACAGAGCUUGGUCGAAUAUCAAAGAGCCAAAAGGGACUACUAUCAACUAGUUGAAUCAUUCGCUUCAAAAUUGAGUGCUAAACUCGAGACUACUAAUCCCAAUCAAGAGGUUCUAAAAUCCAUUGAAAAUGACCCAUCCGAGUAUGAAGUUUACUCUAAGACUUACGAUCUAUACAAACUUUGUUGUGAGUUGUACUUACACUUGUACAUCAAGCAAAUAAUCCCUAGUAACUACCAAAUACAGCAGAUUGUUCUUGAGUGCUUUGACUUGGUUGACAUUUUGAUAACUAGCAAAAUGAACCUAAUUUUGUGCUUGCCUCUCCUCAUAUGUGGGGUUUGUACUUUUGAGCAAGGUAACAAGGCCUAUAUGAAAUCGACAAUCAACAAGGUUCGAAUGGUAAGUCCAGUUCAAAACCUUGACAAAUGCUGGGUUAUUCUACAACGAGUAUGGGAAUUAAACCCCGAUGGUAAUGUGAUUGUUGAUUGGUCAAAUAUAUGUGAUGAGUUGGGCUGGGAUUUGAAUGUUUGCUAA